AUGGACAACAUCGACGAGGAAUACGACCGGCUUGUCAAACACCUUCAUGACUGCGCGAAGAAGGCUGAGAGUAUUAAAACAACCAAGAGACGCCUGUCUCUUGAAACUCUUGAGCUGAUACGCCAGCGUGGAGCAGCACGAGCCGCAGGGAACCAAGAGCUUACGUCCGAGCUCGCAAGGCUUUGCAGAGAGGCGAUAAAGAAAGACCUUAAAGAGAGAAGAGCAGAAGUGCUGGCUGAAGCAGCAGAGGCGGGAAAAAGCAUCCGCUAUGCCCGCCGAGACUUCGCCAGUCGCAAGACAAGGAUGACAGCUCUCCGGAACCCGAAGGGAACAACCAUUGCAUCGAGAAGGGGAAUGGAGAAAAUCAUCUACGACUUCUACUCUGAUCUCUUCGACAGCCGUGCCCACUUGCCUCCUCACCAUCUGAGGGAAGAUGGACAUGUCAUUCCAGCGGUUCUCCCGUCCGAAAUACGACAUGCUAUCAUGUCGGUGAGAAAUCGUACAGCAGCCGGUCCCGACAGAAUAAAACCAGAACACCUGAAGAACCUUCCGCCAGUACUCAUCAACACCCUGGCGAGGAUCUUCACACGUUACCUGUCGGAAUGCAAGGUCCCUAAACAGUGGAAGACCAGCAAGACCGUGUUGCUGUAUAAAAAGGGAGAUCCACAUGACAUCGGCAACUAUCGCCCAAUCUGCUUACUGUCCGUCAUCUACAAGCUCUUCACAAGAGUGAUCCUUAAUAGGAUUGAAAAGGUCUUGGAUGAAGGACAACCAUGCGAGCAAGCAGGGUUUCGAAAAGGAUUCAGCACGAUCGACCAUAUUCACACUGUUUCGAGACUCAUCGAGGUAUCACGAGAGUACAAGAUGCCGCUCUGUCUCACUUUCAUCGACUUGAAGAAGGCCUUUGACUCAGUUGAGACGGAAGCGGUCGUGGAAGCCUUGGACAACCAAGGCGUUCCCACUCAGUACAUAAAGGUGCUUCGAGAGUUGUACAGUAACUUCACGACCGGAAUCUCGCCAUUCUACAAGAAUAUCAUCAUUGUCGUGAAGAGGGGGGUUCGACAGGGUGAUACAAUCUCACCCAAAAUAUUCACAGCCACCCUCGAGAACGCAAUGCGAAAGUUGGAAUGGGACGACAUGGGAGUGAAGAUCGAUGGUCGGCAGCUACACCAUUUGCGCUUUGCUGAUGACAUCGUACUGAUAACACCUAGCAUCAGCCAAGCGGAACGAAUGCUGACCGAAUUCGCCGAAACAUGUGGAUGCAUCGGUCUUGAGCUGAAUCUUCAAAAGACGAUGUUCAUGCGAAACGGAUGGAUCUCGGAUGCCCCAUUCACGCUCAACGGAACGAACAUAUCCGAAUGCACCAGCUACGUCUAUCUGGGUCGGGAAUUGAACAUGAUGAACGACCUGGCCCCCGAGCUGGGCAGGAGGAGAAGAGCGGCUUGGGGAGCGUACAAGAGCAUCGAGGACGUAGUGAAGAAGACCAAGAACACCCGGCUCCGUGCUCACCUCUUCAACACCACCGUACUUCCUGCUUUGACUUAUGCCUCAGAAACCUGGGCACUUCGCAAGCAGGAAGAAAACGCGGUGAGCGUCAUUGAACGCGCAAUUGAGAGAGUGAUGCUAGGAGUAUCCCGUUUCAAGCAAGUGAGAGACGGGAUUCGAAGUUCUCUCCUACGUCAGCGAUCGAAGAUCAGAGACGCCGCCGCGUUUGCCAAGGAAAGUAAAAUAAGGUGGGCCGGACACGUGAUGCGCUUUAACGACAACCGUUGGACCAGAGCCGUGAGCGACUGGAUUCCCCGCGAUAUUAAGCGCAAUACAGGAAGACCGCCGACCCGAUGGUCAGAUUUCUUCACGAAGUCCUUCAAAGAAAAUUACGAUGCUCUUCGUGUCCCACGCGAAAGGAGGAACCACUGGGCUACUCUGGCACGCGACCGGGACAAAUGGAAGAAUUACUGGCGCCCGCUCGACCGGUUCGAAGACCAACGGGAGUCAAGGUGA